AUGCUGUCCAUGUUCAAGAAUAAAAAGGGCUUCUCGGUGCUCUUCCACGGUGAGGAGGAGGCGAGAGAGUCCGACCGGGUGACGGUGUCGUCGGCACUUCCCCGCCACUCCGCCCAACUCCGUGACACCGCAGCUCGUCCGAAGAGGAGUGAAGUCGCGCAGCAUCAGUGUCAGCGGUGCUUAAAGCGCUUCUCUGCGCUGGAAUCUGACGACGAAACGGAGGCGACGUACCAGUGCCACCGCUGCCAAUAUCCUACAUGUACACAGUGUCGAGAGCCGGCGGCGGGCAACCCGCCGUGGGUGUGCUGCGUCUGCAGCAGCUGCAAGUCGAUGAUGUGGCUCCUGGAGAGGACGAGAGCGGGGCCCAUGCUGGUGACAAGGAUUGUGGAAUACUGCGACCCACGCGGGCAGCGGCUGAUGCGGUUGAUGUUCCGAUUUACGUUGCAACAGUACCAGUCGCCGACGCCGCGCCCUUCGAUCACGCUCGUGGGACGUGCGAGUGACGGUCGCGCUGACAGCGGUGCGCCAUCCAGUUCGCGACCGGCUUCUCAGACGCCGCCCGCCCGCCCAACCUCUCAAACGUGGACGAGCUCGCGCCUGUCCGGCGAACGCAGCAGUGCCCGCCUCAGUCAUGUGCCCCCGAGCUUCAGCAACGUACGCCGAUCGUCACCGUGCACGCACCCCAAGCGCGCAUCACUGCUGCACUCUGUACGUCGGUCGAACUCGGACGCGGCACUCGCCUUCGAUGCCGACGCCGGGGCUGGUGCAGAAGACGCGGCAAAGGAAAACUCUCCUGCGGUCGAGCGCGGCGUCCGCGGCUCUGAAGUGCUGCGCCGCAUCGAGGAGGCCGUCGGUGUCGUGGAGUACUCGCCCGAGUCGAAGUGGCGGAUACCAGGCGACGCGGGCACAGAGGCGGAGAACAGUGAGGAUCCCUUGUCGUUGCUCCCUAAUGGCGGUGCGCGCUUCUCUCUGUUAGAAGACCGCUGCACCGCUGUAGCUGAUAUCUACAGCGCUGGAACACCCCAUGUGUCGUCAGUCGGCUCGACUUUGCGGGCAGUUGUAGUGGAGUCGGAGGCGCCGUCGCUGCACACGCGUCCGAGCGGCCAUGCCGCAUUUCAGCGCGAAGCGCUGCAGCCGCAGCUGGCGAGCACCAACUGCGCCACAACCCCGACGGAGGGCGAGGGUGCCGUUCUGCCGGCCACCGCCGCUCCUGCGCCUGAGGCGUCGUGGAGGAAGAUGACGCCUCAGGCGCAGGAGCGCUGCCGCCUGGGCCACAGCGUGAGUCCCAACUCUAGCGGCUCAGGCCGCAGCGCUAGUCCAGCACCGCGCUUUCCUACCUUCGGCCAGUUCUUGGACGAACACGUCGGCAUGGGUGCCGGUGACACACACCUGCCACGCGACUCGAACGUGUUGGUGACGGUAUCGCCCGAAACAGAGAACAGCGACGAGGAUAGCGGUGGUGUGAUCGAGCUGGGCGGCGGGCGCUGCGACGACCGCCUCGCGACCACCGGCGGCAAAGCCAACGAAGGAGUGCACACGCCGCGUGGCGUGCAGCCGCAAACUUCUCCGUCGACUGGCGGCGCCGGCUCAUCGUGCUUUCGUGGCGGCCGCCGCACGAGUGGGCUGAGCGAGUUCACCCCUACUCGAGUGCUGGACAUGUCGAGCGCGCGCGUCACGCUUCACCACCGCAGCUCCAGUCGUCGCCGUACCACGAGAGGAAGCGUGCAAGAGAUCCACGCCCCCCAUCUCUACGGUAACAGCAGUGCCAAGACCAGCACGGCAGGAAACGUACGGCGCAGCGGACAGCUGCACGACUCUCCAUAUAUGUACGGCUUGCCGACUCAGUUCGGCCCUCACGGGAAGCCAGCGGGCCCGGUGAACGGGCAGCGGCGGCGCCAGAAUGCGCCGCUGGCCACGCGUACUGCAGGCCGUGCUCUCGGCAGCGAUGGUCGCCAGCGGCUGGUGCGGCAGCACUCUCGCACCGUAGCGCCGCUGCAGCGCACCGCCUCGCGCAACAACGAGCUGCAGCGGAUGCCCUCACGCAACGGGGCGCUGUCUCGAACGAACUCCUCCUUCGCGCAUCUGACGCGCACCGCUUCCUUGCACGGCUACGGCGCCUCCUUUGCGCGGACGAACAGCUGCACAUCGCACGCCCUAGCCAGCACACCCGCCGAACGUGCUCAUCUCACCGGAGGCGUUGCUGGCCGCGGACGCCUGCAGCGCACCGAUUCGGCCAAACCGUCGGUCACUGGCGCAAGCUAUGGUGCGGCAGCGCGUGCCGCACCGCAAUGGACUGCCGCGGUGGAGCGCACGCACUUCGGCUACGGGACACCUGCUGCCACCGGCGCUUCGUCCUGGUACUCCUCUCCUCUCAAGCGAACUCUUGCGUCCUUGUCACCGCUGAAGCGCACCGCCUCGCAUGUGUGCCUUCGAAGGGACGGCUCGGCGCCGUUUGGCCGCAGACCACACGUAGGGCGUUUCACGCGCUCCGCGACGACCAACGUCGUCUUUGUCCGCACAGGCUCCGCCGCAGCGGCCCGAGCCGGCGCGCCGCCUCGCCACGCCCCUGGCGCUUUCACGCGUACCGCCACCGGCACGAACCUAUUCCAACGCUCGCGCGGCCACAUUCAUGAAGGGCCUCGUUGUCGUCCAGUGCCGACUCCACUACCGUCAUCCGCAGCCGUGUGCGGCAGUGGACGUGGCGCGCCGAGGAUCUGUCACCGUGUUGUGGACACCUCUCCAGUGCGGCGCGUCCCUACUGCCGCGCGCACGGCGACGCCGACGAUGGGCCGCCGACGCUUCCCGACGUCGACGGCGCUCUCUCGGACCGCCACGGGGACGCGUAACUUUGAGCGUCAGCAGAGCAACGUGCCGCGUGAGCCUGCAAAUCGCUCUCCUGGGGUAGUGCGGCGGACAGUCGACCCAGCGCCAGCGCUAGUCGGCGCGACGCGACGCAAGGCUGUGGGAAGCGGGCUGCACCGCACUCCAUUGGCUACUGGUGCUGCCAAUGCCGUCCCUGCAACGCCACGCACCCCCCGUCGGUACAUCAUCGCGAGUGUCUCGACGGCUGGGACGCCAGCCGCAGUGAAGGGCGGCGGAUCGUACAGUGUAUCGCGGCCGGUGCUGUCAUCGGUCGCCAGCAGCCACGACUCGAACGCCAGCGGCGGCACGGCUGGCUAUAGCAGCUACACGGGCAGCGCACAUGGAGCGGCGGAGAAAGCGGGUGUUGUCGAGGCUGGGAUGGGGCGGGCUAGCGGGCAGCGAUGUCGCCCGCUCGUCGGAGCCACCACGGGGAAGGAAAAAGUUCCCUCGCACGUGGCAACGCUAAACCGCCGUGCGGCGGCUGCCACUGCCUCUGCCGCUGCCACUGCACACCGCAGGACUGGGAGAGCAGCGGAAGCGAGCCCCUUCACGAGACAGAACAGUCGGCUCAAUUUCUGA